AUGCGAAUCUGUACCUCCAACAUCGUAGCCAUCGCUGCCUUCAUCGUGUGCGUCGACACUUCAUCAGUGGAGGCUAAAGCAGUCGCCGACUUAUACUCGGCUCGAGCCGGUCCUACCACCGACUUCGCUCUUGGAGAGAGGCAGUUGAGGUCUCACCAGCUGAAGGAAGGUGAAGAGAGGAUGGCGGGGGAGCUCAAGACGGUGGGGGACGUUGUCGUGAAGGCCGGUGUCGAGAAGACGUCAGAAAGCACUCUCCGACAUCACGGAGAUGCUUUCCCGGAGCUACUUCACCCACCGGAGCGUGAACCGUCUUUUGUGAAGACGGUUGUAGCGGCGUACGAGAACAAGCUGAAAGAGAAUCAAGGUUGGGAUGAGGCGAAAAAGCUGGCCAUUCUCAGAUCGAAAGGUGUGGCGUCUCUGAGUGAGAAAGAACAGUACGUGGGGGCGAUAGCGGCGGUGCAAUUAAUGCGGUCGGAGGUUGCGGAUCAAGCAACGACGGGACUCGCGUAUCUCAAUUUCUUGGUGAAGCAGUGGAAGGGGAAGAGUGUGCACGACGUUGCCAAGAUCUUUCUGCCCGACACGACGAGACUUGACCUCGAUGGAGUUGUAGUGCUCCAACGCUUUAUCGAGUAUGUCAAGAACGAGAAGCAAGUAAGUGACCAAGUGCUGAUCGAUGCUCUCCGGAAGCGCUACGGAGGCGACACGCCGUUAUACCAAGUCGUGGCCAAAGCCAUCGAAUUGUCAGACCUCCAAGGACUGGAAAUGAAGUCGCAGUACGAUCGCAAUCGCCAAGAACUGGAAUUGAAGGUGCGGAACGCACUUGUCCAGAACUGGGUGGAACGAGGUUUGUCUGAAACCCAGGUGGUCAACAUACUGCGUGCAUCGGAAGAAAAGCCAACGUUGUCACCAGGGCAGUUCUGGACUUAUGGGCUGUUCCUCGAACUAAGCAAACAGGCCGCAAAGGACAGAAUGAGUAAAGAAGCUGCCGGGGUGGAAUAA